AUGGACGAUGAAAAACCUAAUUUAAGGCCUACAAAACGCAAUAAUGCAAAUGGAAAAAGUGUUUAUUUGCAUUACAAUCCGAAUCAGCCAAAAACUACCUCGUACAUCCAAGCAACAUCGAGUGAUGCUAAGCAAGGAGUCAAUGUGCUCUAUUCGUUAGACAAACACCAACGAUGGGAAUUAUUGGAUGAUUCCUUGCAAGCAAGUGGUAAGGUAUCGAGUUCCUCAUCUGACAGUGAUCUAUCAGAAUCUGAUCUAACGAACUCUGAACGUCGAAAGAAGAAAAAGAAGUCCGUACGAAAACGUUCAAAUAAACAUCAAGGUGUUGAAGUAAAAUCUACGAGCAAAGAUUUAAAGACAAACUACGGAAAUAAUGAUGCUGAUGAUGAUGUUACCUAUGUAGCGGUAGUUCCAUCGCCACGAGAUAAAGUUUUAGCUAAUGUUCGAGGACACCCUGGUUAUAAAAGCAAACGGAUACUGACAGGUGUCAAAUUUGAUAAGCUAAGUCGAAGCGAAGGAGAACAGUCAGAAAAAGAAGACAACGAUGAAAACUUCUCAACCGAUGAUGGUGAACUGUAUUCCUACAUACCAAAACACAACAAACUCCAACUAAACGAUUUCUAUCCCGUCCAAUCCGCUGUGAAGAUUCUGAAAAGCAAAUCCAAACCGACUUGUUCCGAAGAUAAUGAUUCGCCAAAAGCAACUAGAAAAAUCUUCUAUCGGCAAUUGAGUAACAAACAAGCAGCUUCAGAGAAUCCAGUAUCAAAGUCACCUCGACUACGAGCAAGUUCAAAAGCUAACACUACGAAUAUCACAUCGUCAGUCUUCUGUUCAAUACAUCUUCUUCGAUUGGAUUUAACUCCUGAACAUCUAUCAAAAACGUACGGAAAGAAUUUUAUCGAUGCUCAAUGUUAUCCAAGGAAAUAUUUGAUUGACUUAACUGAGAGUCUGAAAACACUUCAGUUAGCCAAUGAUUUCGAACUAUUUCCUAUGGAUAGUGCACUAAACUGUUAUUUAGUGAUUGUUUUGAACGACAGCAACAACUUUGAUGAAAAUGUUUGCCAAGGACAAGUAACUGUCAAUAUGGAUUUGAAUCUUGAAACCGUUGAGAUUGAAAGUCUCUCGUCGUCAAUCGAAUCGGUCUACUCAGUUGAAGAUUUGAUUACUAACACGAUUGAAUUUAUUGUGAAAUUACCAAGUAGAAGAUUUAAACCGAAAGAAGUCGCAAUCAAUCAGCGAAAGGUGCUAAAAAAUGAAGAUGAAAGCGAAUUAAGUGAUAGUGAAUUCAUGAAUAAACAAAUUCGUCAAAUACAAAUCUUGGAUAAGAAGGCUUUAAGAGCGAAACUUGAGAAUACCGAACAAAAUAAUCAAGCUUCUUCAGAUGCAGAUCAUUCCAUACGACCAGAAAUAUGUACAACUUGCUAUUCAGACAUGAAUGAAUCAACUCCCAUGACUGCAUUGAAAUCCUGUGGCCAUUGGCUAUGUAAUCAAUGCUGGAAACAAUAUAUCGAAAGUUCUAUUGAAAAAGUUAAAAUUAUCUUAUGUCCCGAAUGGAACUGUUGUUCAAUGGUCGAUGUUGGUACCAUUCUAUCUUUGGUAAACGUUCGAUAUUUCAACAUUUACGAACGAAAUAUUGAAAAAUGUCUUGUAAAUUUAUCUCGUUCGUAUGUCAAAUGUCCCAAAAUUUCAUGCUCAAAUAUUGCACAGAUAAUCGGUAACCGUAUAGAUCAAGUCCGAUGUCCUUGUGGCCAUCAAUUUUGCCCUCUCUGUAAACAAGAGUUGCAUUUUCCAGCGACAUGUAUAGCGUAUUACGGGUAUAUUGAAGAAGCCAGAAAACAAGGUGAUCUCGGAUCAAGCCCCCCUACAAGUGUGUCAGUCAUUGGUCGAAAUUGUGUAUCAUGUCACACUUUUAUUGAAAAGAAUGGUGGUUGUAAUCACAUGACGUGCCGAUGCGGUGCUGAAUUCUGCUGGGUUUGCACAGGAUAUUGGGCUGAUCAUUAUAAAAAUGGCUCACUCACUUGUCCUAGGCAACCGGUUAAUCUUCAGAAGAAAGUGAUUGCUCGUGAACGCAAUUCAACUCGAAAGUUCUAUGUCUCAGCGAUUUUUCAUCGUCAUGAGCGUGCCUAUAAACAUCAAUCAAACCUCAUUGAAAACUGUAAACGAUUAAUUGGAACAAUUCCUAUCGAAAAACUACCCAAUCAAUUCGACAGUUCGUUGAUUAAAGUGCAAAUCGAUAAACGUGAAGCGCUUCUACAACACUGUUAUCAAAUGGCGAAAUAUAUCAAUUACUUGCAUCGUAUUUGUGAAUUUGCAGCUGUGGCUGCGGAUGGUUAUGCCAAUACUCCCAUUGAAUUUGUUAAUUGUUUACCCGUACUCGAAACCGUUACUUUUAACUUAUCGCAACUGUUAGAAGUCGGAAAAGGCUACACGACCAUCGAGAAAAUGGCCAAUCUUCGCCAAACAAGCGAACGAAUUAUCGAACGUCUUCGUCAUGCACGUCAAACAAAUACACAUGGAUAUGCGACAUCGUAG